AUGGAGCUGGAAGGCCUCAAGAGGUCCCUCAGCAUUUUUGAGGCCCACUCGUUGAUUGUGGCCAUCCUGGUAACCGACCGGCAUCCCCAGCUCAAUGCUUGGCUGGGACGAGAACACCCAGAUAUCUGCCACCUUUUUGAUUGCUGGCAUGUGGGGAAGGGCAUCAAGAAAAAGCUGGCUGCAGCUGCCAAGUCACGGCAUUUAGAGGAGCUCGGGUCUUGGACAAGGGCAGUGGUGAACCAUCUGUACUGGUGUGCUGGGUCAAGUGUCGACAACCAGGACCUCAUCCUGCCAAAAUGGAAGUCUCUGGUGGCACACGUAGUGGGUGUGCAUACCCACGCUGACCCUCUCUUCCCAGAGUGUGAGCAUGAGGAGCUAGAGAAAAAGUGGCUAGCAGAAGGGUCCCCUGCGCACCAGAAGCUGGAGGAGAUCGUGCUCUCCACUCACCUGCUUCGCGACAUUCCUCGACUGUCCACAUCGGCGCAGACAUUUGCAACAGAGUGCUUUCACAGUACUCUGUUGCAGUUUGCGCCGAAGCAGGUCCACUUCAGCUUCGGAAGCAUGAAGGCCAGGACCUACCUCGCUGCCCUCCAUUACAACGAAAAUGCGGGAAGGCCCCAAGCGGUGACCAAGAAAGGAGAGAAGAUGUGGGUCAUCAAGUAUCCAAAAGCAAAGAAAGGACCCACUGUUGCUAAGCGCAAGACUGACUGCACCUAUGAGUAUGUGGGGGAGCUCAUGGCAGUUGUGCUGCACCUCUGCUCAACGCUGCCAUCCUACAAGGCUGCAGCUGCCCUCUGCAACCUGGAUGCACCUCCAUUUCUUUCUAGUGCGUAUCAGCAUGGAGAUAAACAGGCAUUGGUGCAACAGCCCUACUGA